AUGCCCGCCAGCACUCCAAACGGUCGCUCCAACCGGGCCGCCGCCAAACCUGCCAACUCUCUCGUCCUCACACUGAAACUCUCCCCCGAUUUACUACAACGCUUCCUAGACCCGGCCGACCGGAAGCCUGCCACGCCCACCCCCACUGACGACAAGAUCAACGAACACUCUUCCCCAGCUUCAUCCUCCGAAGUCCCUGUACCGCGUCCUUCAUCCGCCGACAAUGCGUCCGAAGCCGACGCGACCUCAACGCCAGCCACCGGCGCUACUCCUGGCGACACACCACGUCGGAAGGGCGUUCCGGGUCCCAAGCCCGGCAACAAACGCGCAAAUGGCCAAACAGAGCCCGCGAAAGCAAGAGGUCGACCCGGUCCCAAGAAGAAGCCCAGACUAGACGAAGGCGAAUUGGGCAAAGUGGCCGCCGCGCACCGACUAGGACCCAAAGCCAACACCGGCGCCAUCAAUGCCGGUCUCCGCGCCUUAGACCGCACCGGAGCUCCCUGUCGUAAGUGGGAAAAGCAACCACUCCGCCUGCGAAGCUUCACGGGUAUCCUGUGGCAGCUCCCAUCAUGGAAAACGCAUGCCCUGGCGAAAUCGGAAAAUGUCGAUGGCACAGUCACUGUCGCCUUGGAGAGUGGUGACAGCGACACAAAGCCAACCCUGACGGCACCCGGUACCGACACAAUGAACGGCAGCAGUGCUGUCCCGAGUGAGAAGAGUAACUCGGGUGACGGCGAUAUCACUCCGGCUCCCUCGAAUCUGGUCGAGCCUUCAUCACCGGCGAUCGCGAUGGCUGCUUGA